AUGGCUGGAGUAGAACUAAUUCUAGCCACAAUAUGUAAUGCAAGCUUUUGCAAUGAUGUCUUCGACAACCCAUUAACUGCCACAUAUAUACCGCCUGGGAAAAGUGAACUACAGAAUUUAAAAAAUGAAAUAAACGGAAAACAUCUGCGUAUAGCUACGUAUAACAAUUACCCGUUGAGUUUUACAAAGAGAACUGAAAAUGGUACUAUUGUUGGCAAAGGUGUGGCUUUCUUUCUGAUAAAUACCUUGCGUGAAAAGUUUAAUUUUACCUACGAAAUUGUUUUGCCCGAAAAGAAUAUAGAGCUUGGAGGUCGGAAGCCCGAAGAUUCUGUUAUAGGUCUGGUCAAUAGCAGCAAAGCGGACGUGGCCGCAGCGUUCAUACCCACAUUCUUAAAAUAUGGAAAAUUGGUAUCAUUCUCCAAAGAACUAGAUGAAGGUGUUUGGCUAAUGAUGCUGAAGCGACCCAAGGAAUCCGCAGCCGGAUCUGGACUCUUAGCCCCUUUUGCAACCUACGUUUGGUAUUUAAUUUUGGCCGCAGUACUUUGUUAUGGACCAUGUAUCACCAUUUUAACAUGGAUUCGUUCUAAAUUAAUUAAAGAUGAUGAACAGCACAUCUCUCUCAGUCCAAGUGUGUGGUUCGUCUACGGUGCUUUUAUCAAACAGGGAACAACUCUAGCUCCCGACGCAAAUACGACUCGAGUUCUUUUCGCAACAUGGUGGUUGUUCGUAAUAUUGCUAUCUGCGUUUUAUACCGCUAAUCUGACUGCUUUCCUAACCUUAUCUAAAUUUACUUUGGAUAUAGAAAAUCCUGAAGAUUUAUAUAAGAAGAAUUAUCGCUGGGUUGCAGCCGAAGGCGGAGCAGUAUUCAAUACCAUUAGAAAUCCGGAAGAGAGCCUUUACUAUUUAAACAGAAUGUUAGUGAAUGGACGAGCUCAGUUCCGGGCUGUGGGUAGGAACGAGGACUUUUUACCCAUGGUCACUGGAGGGGCGGUCCUGGUAAAAGAACAAACAGCCAUCGACAAUCUCAUGUACGACGACUAUUUAAAGAAAACGAGGGAGGGUGUCGUGGAAUCGGACAGAUGCACUUAUGUUAUUGCUCCUCAUGCCUUCAUGAAGCGACAGAGAGCUUUCGCUUAUCCGCAGAACAGCACUUUAAGGAUCUUAUUCGACAGUGUGCUCUCAAGCUUGAUCCAGUCUGGAAUAGUAACAUUUCUCCAGCACCAAGACCUGCCAAGCACAAAAAUUUGCCCGCUCGAUUUACAGUCCAAAGACCGUCAGCUGCGUAACAGCGACCUUUUGAUGACCUACCUGAUCAUGGUCGCUGGAUUGGCGGCCGCUAUUGCAGUUUUUAUUGGCGAGAUAUUCUUCAAACGCUGGAUCACCAAGAAAAAUAAUAAAGACGAAAAUCCAAAACGGACGAAGAAGCGAAGAACAAAAGGUUUCUCAUUACGGAAUUACGACGACACUCGCCCUCCGCCCUACGACUCGCUCUUUGGGAAUUCAAAGUACAGUUUCAACAGCGAUUCGGAAAAAAGAAUUAUAAACGGUCGAGAAUACUACGUCGUGCAUACACCCAGCGGGGACACUCGUUUGAUUCCUCUCAGAACACCAUCAGCUUUCCUUUAUCGAUGA